AUGGAGUUCGAUACCCCAGUUGAUGUUUUAGAUCUACUUUUUGAUGACGCUAGUGGCUUGUUGAAAGAUGAUUUCAUACAUAUGGACACUGGGAUUAACAAACAUGGAUAUUUUGGGUUGACUCCCACAGAACACAUAAAUGGUACAUACAACAUCAACUUUGGUGACUUAGAUCUUCUGAGUGACAACUUAUUUGAGGACCUCAUCCAAGCAGCGGAACCAAAUACUUUCCUGGAUGGAGAAUCUCCAGACAGAAGCACAGCUUUCCUUUCAGACCAUGACUACCUUGCACACAAGUCACCCAGCGAACACAGUGACAGCGGCAUAUCUGUCGUCUCAGAUGAGUCACCCUCCAUGUUGAGACUCAGCACAAGCUCAGACAAAAAUGCCACUGAAGAUCAAUUAGAGCUCUAUACUUCAUCUGAGUCUUCGCUGACCUGUAACGGUCAAGUUGCAAGUUUGUAUGAUCCUUCCCUGACCAAGGUAGCAGAUUCAAACUUUGAUUACACAAAUGAUGAAAUAUCUGACACUUUUAAUGAAUUUGGUCACACAGCAAAGGAUGAUGAUAUUUCUAUAGACUUUGAUUUUGAUAGUCUUGAUUCAGACUUUCAAUCAACGCAAGUUCACAGUCAGGGGACUCAGUCACUUCUGGUUCUUGCUGAGUCUAACAAGCGGGUUUUCUCCUUGCAGAAGACUAAUAAAGGAGAUGGGACCCUGCCUUACACAAUGAAAGAUGUGGACCCAGGUGUAAUAAGUUGUGGAAAUUUUCCAGAACUCCAUCUGUCGGAUGAAGAGAAGGAGUUGCUGGCCAGAGAAGGUGUUACGCUUCCUACCAAUCUCCCUCUGACUCGUGAUGAGGAGCGUGUCUUAAAGUCUGUCAGGAGAAAGAUCCGAAACAAGAUUUCUGCGAAGGAAAGCAGAAAACGGAAACAAGGAUAUGUUGAGGGGCUCGAACAACGUGUCAAAGUGUGUACUCUAGAAAACCGUGACCUGCAGAAGAAACUUGACACUCUGGAGAAACAAAAUAUGUCUUUGAUGGCUCAGCUAAAACGACUUCACUCGGUUUUUGGGAAAUCCAAAAUUCCCGCUCAAGCUUCUACUUGUGCAAUGGUUUUGAUGCUGUCAUUUGCGUUGUUCCUUGUUCCAACAUUUAAUCCAUUUGGCUCCAGUAGCGAGAACCACAGUACAGUGUCCUCAACAAAUUCACCAGUCAGGGGUAAAGCACGCAAUUUACUUGAGCAUGAUGGGACUGGUUCCACUGGCAAUGAUGAUGAUGAUCCAUAUGGUGUUAGCCCUCGUCCAAGCUCCCCCUGGGAAGUACAGACUCCAGUACUAGCAUUAGCUGGCAAAAAGAGAGAAGUUCUCAGGCAAGACGAUGCAUCUUAUGUGGAGCCAGACAUUGCUGACCUUGCCAAGAAAAUAUCACCAGUGUUAGCAGGAGAUAUCCAGUUGGACUUGGCCAGUAGAGUUCAGGAUUAUACUACUGGUGUUAACAAAAAUUACACUGAAAGUGUUAUUACAGAUCAAAACUUUGCAGACAGAAACUCUGAAGUUGCAGCAGAAAGCUAA